UCCAGAUAGGAGUCGUUGGGCGGUUUGGAUCAGCCGAUCAGAGAUCUGAAAGUCAGAGAUCCUCUUCCCCUUGUCUUCCCACUUCCUUCCCUUUCAUAAUGCUCUCCCACCUCUCCCCUCCGAUCACCAUCCACUUCCUCCUCCUCCGUUCCCUCUCUGCUCAAUCUUACAUCUCUCUGCAUAUACCCACGUCCAUGCGACUCACUUCUCUUUCAUAAAGAUCUAGGCACAAAAAAAUGGCAGCCAAUCUUGGAUCCAUGUCGCGAAAUUUUACAGACAAAAGCAAAGAAAGGUUGCUAUCUCGAAAGGGGUACUCGGAAUUAGGUAUUUUCAAUGAAUCCUAUAUCUCCACCAACAACGAAGAUACUUCGCUUCUCGGUAAACUCCAGGAAUGGUGGACCAAUGUUCGACUGUUCCUUGUUAACGCUUACGAGAUGGGCCGCUCCGAUCCCAGACAGUUCAUAUUUGCUGCUAAAUCGGGAUUGGCACUUGCUAUCGUCUCUGUUCUUAUAUUUUUCAAAGAACCCUUUACUUAUAUUACUCAGUAUUCCAUCUGGGCAAUCCUUACUGUCAUCGUCGUCUUCGAAUUCAGCAUAGGAGCAACACUUAGCAAAGGAUUUAACCGUGCUUUGGGGACGUUUUCUGCCGGCGUUCUUGCAUUAGCUAUCGCUCAAGUUUCCAUGUGGGCUGGGGAGUGGCAAGAGGUCGUGAUUGUGGUCAGCAUUUUUGUAGCAGGUUCUAUAUCAAGCUAUGUGAAAAUGUACCCAUCAAUGAAGCCAUACGAAUACGGGUUCAGAGUCUUCAUGUUAACAUUCUGUAUAGUUCUCGUGUCAGGGACUUCACAUUUUGUCCAAACAGCUGUUUCACGAUUGUUGUUAAUUGGAGUAGGGGCAGGUGUGUGUUUGAUUGUUAAUAUAUGUGUUUAUCCGAUUUGGGCUGGUGAAGAUCUGCAUAAAUUGGUAGUGAAGAACUUUAGGGGCGUUGCUACUUCCUUAGAAGGAUGUGUUAACAAUUACCUUCAACAUUUUGGAUACGAAAGAAUACCUUCAAAAAUCUUGGUAUAUCAGGCCUUGGAUGACCCUUUAUAUAGUGGAUAUAGAUCGGCAGUACAGUCUACAAGUGAAGAAGAUGCUCUGCUGGGGUUUGCUGUUUGGGAACCUCCACACGGACGUUACAAAAUGCUGAGAUAUCCGUGGUCAAAUUAUGUCAAAGUCAGUGGUGCGCUUAGGCAUUGUGCGUUUAUGGUCAUGGCAAUGCAUGGUUGUAUACUUGCAGAAAUACAGGCAUCUGCUGAACUAAGAAACAUGUUCAAAAACGAAAUCCAGAAGGUGGGUACAGAAGGCGCAAGAAUCUUACGUGAGCUAGGAAGCAAAGUGGAGAAACUGGAAAGACUAAGCCCCGACGUCGACUUGCUUGAGAAAGUUCACGAGGCUGCAGAGGAGUUACAAAUGAUGAUCGACCAAAAAUCUUAUCAUCUUGUCAACUCUGAGAAAUGGGCACCUGGAAGACAGCCAAAAGAGUUUGAAGAUCCCGAUCGUUUUCAAGAACUAAAAGAAGACGAAAUCAAACCAAAUGUCAUCAACUCCCUCAGUGAAGCAAACCUAAACCUAAACCCAAAACCACCGCUUCCAUACAAAACCCAAGACCGUAAUGUUCCAAAUAUGUCUGCCCAUCCGUCCAUGGUGCAUUGGGGAUCGUCGGAAGAUGUGUUGAAGAACCAGAUGCACUGGCCUUCACGGCUUUCGAUUCUUGGUGACACGAUUCUCAAUGUGCGUGAAGUGAGGACUUACGAAAGUGCAAGUGCGUUGUCUCUUGCGACUUUUACUUCUUUGUUGAUCGAGUUUGUUGCGAGGCUUCAGAAUCUUGUGAGCGCGUUUGAGGAGCUUAGUGAGGCUGCCAAGUUUUCUGAACCUGUUAAUCCACUUGAAGUGAGGGAGAAGGUGGGGCUAUGGACCAAAAUGCUCAAGUGCAUCGGGAUCAAGGAUUAAGGUUGAUGGAUGCACCUUUUGUAGCCCUCAAGUAACAUUGACAAUUCUACAAUUGGAAGUCGUUUUUUGUGUGCGAGUAUAUCUUGCUGUGGUGAGUAAGUACUCUGUGUUAUUGUGAUUUGUUUGGUGUAAAGAUAGAGUAUAGGGAAGGGGAAAUGAACCUUCUUCGUAUAAUUUCACAGGUUUUUUGUGUUAUCCUUCAUAAAUUCAAGUUCUUUGUGUAAAAAAACUUAGUACCGGGUUCUCAAAUGUUUAAAAAGAAAUAAAGUGGUCAAAUUCUUUGGAGAAA